AAGAAACUACCAAAGCAAAUCCUAAGAAGAAGAAGAAGAAGAAGCCUUUGAAUUGGAAUCACAUAGCCCAUCAUCAUCAUCAUCAUCAUCUACUCAUCAAUGGCAAAGAUGCAUAAGAACCACUCCACCAAGCAUCUCCUUCUAGCGGCCUUCUUCUUGCUUUGCUUCAUCUCUCCAUGUGCUCAAGGAAGGAGGUUGAAAGAAGUGGUUAGUCAUGAAGAGAAGCAUGAAGUAGUAGCCGUAGAGGCGAAGGAGCAUAGUAACAAGUUAGACAAUUUGGAGGUCCCAUCCAAAGAAACCCAUUUGCCGGAUGCCGACGAACUCGUCGGGAUGGAUUAUUCUCCGGCGAGCAAGAAGCCUCCUACUCACAACUGAUUGGCCGCCGGCCGGAGGAACACAAUUUUUGUAGAAAUCUUUUUAGUGGGGAUACUAUUUACAACUGAAUGGGAAUCGGUGUACACAAAUUUUUUGGAUACUAUUUAUCUAGUUAGUGUGUAGGUAUAAUAGACUAGUUUCUUUUUUUACUCUUCUAUCUAAUACAAAGAGACGAGGGUCUUAUGUUGUCUUGUAAAGAUACGGCUGAGGACCAUGUCAAAAUUACUUGAAAUGAGAAAGGGAUUUGUGCAGGCAGUUCACACUAUGUGUGUUACUGUCGGUUUGUUGAGAAA